GGAGGGGUGGGGAGGUGGCGCCUGCGCAGUGCGCCUCGGAGGAGCUGUGUGUAUGUGAGAGUCUGACGGGUUCAAAAUGGCGGCGGCUGCUUCAGCGGCUCCUCCUGUGUGAGGGAAACAACACCCCUCCCCGGCAGCGGCAGCGGCGGCGGCGGCUCGCGGAGCACCUUCCCAGCGGCUGGGCCUGUCGCCGCUCUGUCUUUCCUGGGCAGGGGGCGCUCCGGGAGGAGGGGCAACGCCAGGGGGCCCAUCCCCCGGAAUCCCUCCUCUGCGACUGGGGAGUAGCCGGGGGGCUCGUCCCGCAGCGCGGAGCCGGAGCUGAGGGGGAGACGCGAGGGGAGCCAGGGCCCCCAUCCCGGCGCGCCGCGCCGCUCCCGCCCUGUCCGCCCCCCGGGGCCGGGGCCCGCGUUCCGGGGGGCCGGGGCGGCGCGGGGAGCCUCGGGCCGGCCGGUCUCAGCUGAUCGGCCGCUGCUCCCGGAGGCGACCAGCCCCUGCUGGCCGAGGGCACGGCGAGGAGGGCGCUCCCUGCGGCCGGGGCCGGCCCGGGGCUCGGGCCCGGGCUGCUGACCGCUGGCCUGGGGGAGGCGGGGGCGCCCCGGGCUCGGCGCCGAGGGGUCGCGCUCCCCUCUCCUGACGCCUCCGACUCCCGGUCUCCAAAGCCAGAAGAGGAGGUUUGAUUCAGCAACUGUUUGCUCCCUUUUCCUGGUCGCUCUGACCCUCUCUGGUUACUGGGUUGAUCCACGGAAAAACCGAAGACGACGUUUGGGAUUUAAUUAUUCCUCUCAGCUUUGGAAUCUUUUACUUCUCACUUGGACAAGAACUCAAGAGCAGAAUCUCCGUGUUGCAAUCUGGUUCCUAAGGAGGAAGAGGAAGGCAGCCCUGGAGUGGUUUCUUUACAGUAAUUUCAACAGAAGAGUGAGAGAUGGAACCCGAAGAAGAAAGGAUUCGUUACAGCCAGAGAUUGCGUGGUACCAUGCGACGACGCUAUGAAGAUGAUGGCAUUUCAGAUGAUGAAAUUGAAGGAAAAAGAACUUUUGACUUGGAAGAGAAACUGCACACCAACAAAUAUAAUGCCAAUUUUGUUACUUUUAUGGAAGGAAAAGAUUUUAAUGUAGAGUAUAUUCAGCGGGGUGGCUUGAGAGAUCCUCUGAUUUUCAAGAAUUCUGAUGGACUCGGAAUAAAAAUGCCGGAUCCAGACUUCACUGUGAAUGAUGUCAAAAUGUGUGUGGGGAGUCGUCGCAUGGUGGAUGUCAUGGACGUGAACACACAGAAAGGCAUUGAAAUGACCAUGGCUCAGUGGACACGCUACUAUGAGACCCCAGAGGAGGAGCGAGAGAAACUCUAUAAUGUCAUCAGCCUCGAGUUUAGCCACACCAGGCUGGAGAAUAUGGUGCAGAGGCCCUCCACGGUGGAUUUCAUUGACUGGGUAGACAACAUGUGGCCAAGGCACUUGAAGGAAAGCCAGACUGAAUCAACCAAUGCCAUCUUGGAGAUGCAGUACCCUAAAGUGCAGAAGUACUGUCUAAUGAGUGUUCGAGGCUGCUAUACUGACUUCCAUGUGGACUUUGGUGGUACCUCUGUUUGGUAUCACAUCCAUCAAGGGGGAAAGGUCUUCUGGCUCAUCCCCCCUACAGCCCACAACCUGGAGCUGUACGAGAAUUGGCUGCUGUCAGGGAAACAGGGAGACAUCUUUCUGGGUGACCGGGUGUCAGAUUGUCAGCGCAUUGAGCUCAAGCAGGGCUAUACCUUCGUCAUUCCCUCAGGCUGGAUUCAUGCUGUGUAUACUCCUACAGACACAUUAGUGUUUGGGGGCAAUUUUUUGCAUAGCUUCAACAUCCCUAUGCAGUUAAAAAUAUACAACAUUGAAGAUCGGACACGGGUUCCAAAUAAGUUUCGCUAUCCAUUCUACUAUGAGAUGUGUUGGUAUGUGUUGGAGCGCUAUGUGUACUGCAUAACCAACCGUUCCCACCUAACCAAGGAAUUUCAGAAAGAGUCCCUCAGCAUGGAUUUGGAGUUAAAUGGGUUGGAGUCUGGGAAUGGGGACGAGGAAGCAGUGGAUCGAGAACCCCGACGCUUGAGCAGCAGGCGUUCUGUCCUCACUAGCCCUGUAGCGAAUGGAGUCAACCUGGAUUAUGAUGGACUGGGCAAAACCUGCCGAAGUCUUCCAAGUCUGAAGAAAACUUUGUCUGGGGACUCAUCUUCUGACUCUAGCCGGGGCUCCCACAAUGGACAAGUGUGGGAUCCCCAGUGUGCUCCCCGAAAGGACAGGCAAGUGCAUCUGACCCAUUUUGAGCUUGAAGGCCUUCGCUGCCUUGUAGAUAAGUUGGAGUCUCUGCCACUGCACAAGAAAUGUGUCCCCACAGGGAUAGAAGAUGAAGAUGCUCUCAUUGCUGAUGUAAAGAUUUUGCUGGAGGAGCUUGCCAACAGUGAUCCCAAGUUAGCCCUCACUGGAGUUCCUAUAGUACAGUGGCCAAAAAGGGAUAAGCUUAAAUUCCCCACUCGGCCAAAGGUGCGGGUUCCUACCAUCCCCAUUACGAAGCCUCACACUAUGAAACCAGCUCCACGGUUAACACCUGUGAGGCCAGCUGCUGCCUCCCCGAUUGUGUCAGGAGCCAGACGGAGACGAGUGCGAUGUCGAAAAUGCAAAGCCUGUGUGCAAGGAGAGUGUGGUGUUUGCCACUACUGCAGAGACAUGAAGAAGUUUGGGGGGCCUGGACGCAUGAAGCAGUCCUGUGUCCUCCGACAGUGCUUGGCACCCAGACUGCCUCAUUCAGUCACAUGUUCCCUCUGUGGAGAGGUGGAUCAGAAUGAAGAGACACAAGACUUUGAGAAGAAACUCAUGGAAUGCUGUAUCUGCAAUGAGAUUGUUCAUCCUGGCUGCCUCCAGAUGGAUGGAGAGGGGUUGCUUAAUGAAGAAUUGCCAAAUUGCUGGGAAUGUCCAAAGUGCUACCAGGAGGACAGCUCGGAGAAAGCCCAGAAGCGGAAAAUGGAAGAGAGUGACGAAGAAGCUGUGCAAGCCAAAGUCCUGCGGCCCCUGCGGAGCUGCGAUGAGCCUCUCACGCCCCCGCCUCAUUCACCCACUUCCAUGCUGCAGCUCAUCCAUGACCCGGUUUCCCCCCGGGGUAUGGUGACUCGGUCAUCCCCUGGGGCUGGCCCCAGCGACCACCACAGUGCCAGCCGCGAUGAGCGCUUCAAACGGCGGCAGUUGCUGCGGCUGCAGGCCACAGAGCGCACCAUGGUACGGGAAAAGGAGAACAAUCCCAGCGGCAAAAAGGAGCUGUCUGAAGUUGAGAAAGCCAAGAUCCGGGGAUCGUACCUCACUGUCACGCUACAGAGGCCCACCAAAGAGCUCCACGGGACAUCCAUUGUGCCCAAGCUGCAGGCCAUCACGGCCUCCUCUGCCAACCUUCGCCAUUCCCCCCGUGUGCUAGUGCAGCACUGCCCAGCCCGAACCCCCCAGCGUGGGGAUGAGGAGGGGCUGGGGGGAGAGGAGGAGGAAGAGGAGGAGGAGGAGGAGGAAGAUGACAGUGCAGAGGAGGGGGGUGCAGCCAGGCUGAAUGGCCGGGGCAGUUGGGCUCAGGAUGGAGACGAAAGCUGGAUGCAGCGGGAGGUCUGGAUGUCUGUCUUCCGCUACCUCAGCCGCAGAGAACUUUGUGAAUGUAUGCGAGUGUGCAAGACGUGGUAUAAAUGGUGCUGCGACAAGAGACUUUGGACAAAAAUUGACUUGAGUAGGUGUAAGGCCAUUGUGCCCCAGGCCCUCAGUGGCAUCAUCAAGAGGCAGCCAGUCAGCCUUGACCUCAGUUGGACCAACAUCUCUAAAAAGCAACUGACAUGGCUUGUCAAUAGGCUGCCAGGACUGAAAGACCUCCUCCUAGCAGGCUGCUCCUGGUCUGCAGUCUCUGCCCUCAGCACCUCCAGCUGCCCCCUUCUCAGGACCCUUGAUCUUCGGUGGGCAGUAGGAAUCAAGGACCCUCAAAUUCGGGACUUGCUUACUCCACCGGCUGAUAAACCAGGUCAGGACAAUCGCAGCAAGCUCCGGAACAUGACCGACUUCCGGCUGGCAGGCCUUGACAUCACAGAUGCCACGCUUCGCCUCAUCAUUCGCCACAUGCCCCUCCUGUCUCGACUCGACCUCAGUCACUGCAGCCACCUUACAGAUCAGUCCUCCAAUCUACUCACUGCUGUCGGGUCUUCCACUCGCUACUCUCUCACAGAGCUCAAUAUGGCAGGUUGCAAUAAAUUGACAGACCAGACCCUGAUCUACCUACGGCGCAUUGCCAACGUCACCUUGAUCGACCUUCGAGGAUGCAAGCAGAUCACUCGAAAAGCCUGCGAGCACUUCAUCUCAGACUUGUCCAUCAACAGCCUCUACUGCCUGUCUGACGAGAAGCUGAUACAGAAGAUCAGCUAAGACACACCCAGCCCAGACUCAACAGGAAACCGAUCUUCCCCUGACUCCCCACCGAGGAGAGCCUCUCCUCGACCCUGCACGGGCUCUGAGGCCAGCGUCACACUCCCUCUCUGCUCUCCUGUCCCUUGAGCUCUUCCUCUACAGGUGGGGCAGAGAGGGUGGUGGACACCAGGCUUACCUGCCUGCUCCUCUCCCUCCUAAGGAAAAGGGAGUAGCAGAUUGAUCUGAGGGGAAAGCACAGGCUGUGCUGUCAAGGCGCCUGCUCGCUUACUCGCCUGCCAGGAGGCCGGGCUCUCAGUUUGGGGUGUUUGUGCAACCUUCAUCUGCACUGGGCCCUGUGCCCCUCCUCCCCAUCCAUGGUCCCCAGCAGUGCCUGGUUCUGAGCAAACUCCCAGGGAAGAAAACGGCCCUGUCUCCAUGGCCAGGUUCUUGUGGUGUCUAGUGCGCGUCUCUCCUCCAUCACACUCUCCCGGCUUGCGCAGGAGGGGCCGGCAGCCCCAGGAGUCCCAGACCCGUGCCGAUCACACUGGUGCUGUUGAGAUGUCCCAAACCUCACGUCCUUAACUGUGCUCUCCCUCCUUUCCUCUCCCUUGAGCUUGGUUCUGCCCAGCACUCGUGCUCGUUCAUAUAAUUAGGUUUCCCACCCCAGCCUACCCGACUUACUUGCUAGUCUCUAUGAGGUCCUUAUUGCACUUAUUGGGGUUGAAGCUCUUCAGAGGAGCUGGAACUGUCUACCCCAGGGACACACCCAUUUCGUUGCUACCCAAGUGGAUUCUGAGACAGGCACCAUCUCCUUGUUCCCCCCUCUCUCUUUUGCCUCCCACUGACUGCCCUUUUCCAUGUGUCUUCAUUCUGCCUGAAGAAGGCUUUCCCAGGAUGCACGUCCUCAGAGGGAGCAGCCUAUCUCCCCCAAGCUGGAGGCGGCAGAGGACUGGGCCAAGCCCCAACCUGCCUGUGUCUAGCCCCAGUGGCUCACUGACCUUUCAGGGCAGUCAGGGGGUCCUGCUUAGAAGCCAGUCACCUGCCCUCUGCCUGCAGCCAUGGAAGGGGGUGUGCAUGUGCCUCUGUGUGUGUGGCUGAGUGUAUUCCGCGCGUGUGUGUGGAGGGAGGGAGCGAGGGGAGCAUGGUGUCUCCCGCUCCACCGCCCUUUGUCGAGCCCCAUCAGCUGCCCCCUUUUACUUUGCAUUGAACGGCCUGUCCAAAGAUCCUCUCUCUAGGGCAGCAGAGAGCUUUUUGCACUUUAAAAAAAAAGAAAGAAAGGUCGGAAUUUCUUUUGGGUCAAUAUUUUUAAGUGUGUGAGGAGAUGCUCAGUAGCAGCAGCCUAUGGCAAGAGCUUAUGAUUGAUGCAAAUUUGCACUCUGCUCCCCCUCUGUAAGGAUACUGAUAGCACAACCUCUUCUUCCCCCCACCCCUGCCCCGCCUUCUGGUCCUCCAUCCCUGUCCCUUUCUGGCCCUCUCCCUGUAGCCCAGUCUCAGGCUUUCCUCUUCCUGAAGCCCUACAGAGGUAGGGAAUGGAGCCCAGGCACCAGGGGUCUGAAGUGUGAGCCACUGAGAAGAGAGACGCCAACUGCACCCUUGCCACUUCCAAAGCAAUAGAGGCAGAGUGGUCCCCUCUUUGCCACCUAGGCCAGUUUUGACCCUGGCAUUAACUGGCCUUAGAAGAAACUGGGUCCUGGUAGGGGGUGGCAUUUUGUCUGUUUCUUCCAAUCUGCUGAAUCUUUUGACUGCACCUUACAAACAGCAGUCUGUUCCCAUGACCCUCUGCCCACUUCCAUUGGUCUCCAGGCCCCAAUAAUCUGGGGUUGAAACUUUGAGGAAAUGCCAGUGACUUAUUCCAGAGUGCCUCAGUUAGGGGAACUUCUCUGUAAAGAACCCUGGGUAUUGAGCAAAAACCUUAUUAUUGUUAAUGACCUAUAAUUGGAAGCUUCCUGCCUUUUUCUUUGGUUGCUCCUGUGGAAAAUACUGAAAAGAUUACUUUGUUUUAUUUUGUUGUCUUUUUAUAAAAGGGGAGGUGGAGAGACCCCUUCAGAGCAGGGAUUGUGCCGGGAGAGUGCCUCUGACUUUGGGACAUUUCAUCCACAGAAAUUUCCAAGCCAAUGGUUUCUUUUGGGUUUUGGUUUUUAUGUUUGUUUUUUGGGGUUUGGAAAAACAUGCAUUUUUACCGUGCACGUAAAUUGGUCAGCAGAAAAGGGAGCCCAGAAGAGGCAGCAGAUGGACCAUGCCUUUGCUGGGUUUUCCUUUUCUUUGGGACUGUGAGGGGAAAUGGUUUUUAGAGGUGAGGGUUGGUCCAUGUGGAGGAAAGAAGUGUCUCUGUUGGGGGACAGAGGAACCUGGGGAGUCCAUCGCAUGUCCUACAAUCUGCUCUUAGACACGGCCUUGCCAGGAGAGCCUGCCCUCAGACUGCAGGACCAGAACCCCUGCCUCCAUCUUUCCAAGCACCGGGGCGAAAAACCACAAAGGAAAGGAAGAAAAUUUAUAUAUAUAUAAUAUAAAAUCACUUGGUGAUUAAAAAAAUAACUGCUCCAUAAAUAAAACUCCUAAAGUCACUUAUGUUUAAA